CAUUUUUUCUCUCUCAUGCAGGGUCAUGGACAGCGACAUCAAUAUACUCCAGCGCUGCUUGGCUGAAGCAGGACAAAGCCACCUCCUUCAGUUUUGGGAAGAAUUAAAUGAGCUAGAAAAACAAGAACUCUAUAAAGAAUUAAACACCAUGGAUCUCAAGGAGCUGGACCAGGCUUUCAAAAAAGCCAUGUUAGAUAGUAGCCGUUUACCAGGGCAGGAAAGCAUGGAUGCAAUGAUGGAGCCUGUGCCACGUGAGGUCCUUGGGAGUACAACACGUGACCAAGAUCAAUUGCUGAUAUGGGAGAAAGAAGGUCUCCGACAGAUUUCUCAGAGCAAAGUUGCUGUUCUUCUAUUAGCUGGUGGACAAGGGACAAGGCUUGGUGUCUCGUAUCCCAAAGGAAUGUAUGAUGUAGGGUUACUCUCCCAUAAAACGCUGUUUCAGAUCCAAGCAGAGCGUAUUUUAAAACUACAGCAGCUAGCCGAAAAGCAAUAUGGCCUUCAAUGUGUUAUUCCAUGGUAUAUAAUGACCAGUGGCAGGACAAUAAAACUGACUGAAGAAUUUUUUCUAAAACACAAAUAUUUUGGUUUGAAGAAGGAGAAUGUGAUUUUCUUCAAACAAGGGAUGCUGCCUGCCAUGGACUUCAAUGGGAAAAUUUUCCUGGAAGAAAAAGGCAAAAUUUCUAUGGCCCCAGGUUGUUGAAAAAACGAACCCGACAGAACCAGUUGGAGUGGUGUGCCGAGUAGAUGGUGUUUACAAAGUGGUGGAAUACAGUGAGAUUUCUCUGGCCACAGCCCAGAAAAGAAGUUCGGAUGGCCGAUUACUUUUUAAUGCUGGCAACAUUGCCAAUCACUACUUCACAAUGGAGUUUCUAAAAGAUAUUGUCAAUAAUUAUGAACCUCAGCUGCAACAUCACAUCGCUCAGAAAAAAGUCCCACAUGUAGACGUGACCACAGGAAAAGCUCUGAAGCCUGACAAACCGAAUGGAAUUAAAAUGGAAAAAUUUGUAUUUGAUAUCUUCCAGUUUGCCAAGAACUUUGUGGUUUACGAAGUGCUGCGAGAAAACGAAUUCUCCCCUUUGAAAAAUGCUGACAGCCAAAAUGGCAAAGACAAUCCCACCACGGCGAGACACUCCUUGAUGUCACUUCAUCACUGUUGGGUUCUCAACGCUGGUGGACACUUUGUGGAUGAAAAUGGAACACGCCUGCCUGCUAUUCCACGCGACAGAAAUGGAAGAUCAGAUGUGAUUCAAGCUGAUGCCAAACCCAAUUUGAAAGAUGCAAAUGACUCGCCAAUUCAGUGUGAGAUUUCUCCUCUUGUCUCCUAUGGGGGUGAAGGAUUGGUGGAGUUGGUCAAAGACAAAGAAUUCCAUGCUCCUUUGAUUAUCGACCAAAGUGGGAUCCACCAUCUAGUGAAGAAUGGUGUCUGAAAUGUCCAGAAGAUAUCAUCUUUCUAAUCCGGGAUUUUAUGAUUCUUUUGUGUCAGACUGAGUAUUUAAACAAAGGUUUCACUAUCACCUUGAAGAAUCUUCACUCAAAUUGAGUUUCCUUAAAAAUCAGUAGUAGGCUACAAAUAAGAAAGAAAAUGCAAACAUGACUUCAUCUUGGAAUCUUGGAGAUAACUAUUUAUAUAAUUCUUUAAUGCUUUAAAACGGCUGCUGUUCCAGAUUGCAGCACCUAUUUCGUUAUAUGCUGUAAUGUUUGAAGACAAAUCCUUUAUUACACCUGUAAAUGGUCUACGUGGUACGAAGGUUGAGAAACUUACAUGAGUUUUAAGUUUGGCUUUUGCAUUUGGUACUCAUACUUUACGAAUAAUUAUAUCUUGCUGGAAUUGCACAAUUGAAACACUAAAAAAGUAGUACAACUGAAUUAAAAUGAAUUGUUUU